UUGGCCAUGAACGGCAGGGCCCGGAAAGAGGCCAUCCAGGCCACAGCGAGGGAGCUCCUCAAGUUCGUGAACCGGAGUCCCUCUCCUUUCCACGUUGUGGCUGAGUGUCGCAGCCGCCUCCUCCAGGCUGGCUUCCGUGAACUCAAGGAAACAGAAGGCUGGGAUAUUGUACCAGAAAACAAGUACUUCCUAACCAGAAACUCCUCCUCCAUCAUUGCUUUUGCUGUGGGGGGCCAAUAUGUUCCUGGCAAUGGCUUCAGCCUCAUUGGGGCCCACACGGACAGUCCCUGCCUUCGGGUGAAACGCAAAUCUCGACGAAGCCAGGCGGGCUACCACCAGGUUGGUGUAGAGACCUAUGGUGGUGGGAUCUGGAGCUCGUGGUUUGACCGGGACCUGACCUUGGCUGGACGAGUCAUUAUCAAGUGCCCUACCUCAGGUCGGCUGGAGCAGAGGCUUGUACAUGUGGAUCGGCCCAUUCUGCGCAUCCCACACCUGGCCAUCCACCUGCAGAGAAGUAUCAAUGAGAACUUUGGGCCCAACACAGAGAUGCACCUAGUGCCUAUUCUUGCCACAGCAGUUCAGGAAGAACUGGAGAAAGGGACUCCUGAACCAGGGCCUAUCAAUGCUGCUGACGAGCGGCAUCACUCAGUCCUCAUGUCCCUGCUCUGUACCCAGCUGGGGCUGGGUCCUGAGAACAUCUUGGAGAUGGAGCUCUGCCUGGCAGACACCCAGCUUGCAGUCCUGGGUGGAGCCUAUGAAGAGUUCAUCUUUGCUCCUCGCCUGGACAAUCUGCACAGCUGCUUCUGUGCCCUGCAGGCUUUGAUUGAUUCCUGUGCAGCCCCUUCCUCCCUGGCCAGGGAGCCACAUGUGCGCAUGGUCACAUUCUACGACAAUGAAGAGGUGGGGUCAGAAAGUGCUCAAGGAGCACAGUCUCUUCUGACAGAGCUGGUACUACGGCGAAUCUCAGCCACACCUCAGCACCUGACUGCCUUCGAGGAAGCCAUACCCAAGUCCUUCAUGAUCAGUGCAGACAUGGCCCAUGCUGUGCACCCAAACUAUGUGGACAAGCAUGAAGAAAACCACCGACCCUUGUUCCAUAAGGGUCCUGUGAUCAAGGUGAACAGCAAACAGCGCUACGCCUCUAAUGCAGUGUCAGAGGCUCUGAUUCGAGAGGUGGCCAGCCAAGUUGGGGUGCCCCUGCAGGACCUCAUGGUCCGGAAUGACUCCCCCUGUGGCACCACCAUUGGACCUAUCUUGGCUUCUCGACUGGGGCUUCGGGUGCUGGACUUAGGUAGCCCCCAGCUGGCCAUGCACUCUAUUCGGGAGACAGCCUGUACUACUGGAGUUCUCCAGACCCUGACCCUUUUCAAGGGCUUCUUUGAGCUGUUCCCCUCUGUAAGCCGCAACCUCGCAGUGGACUGAGGCUUCUUGAUGAGGCUCGUUGUGUUCACCCUGUGACUGAAGGGGAGGAUUUCAGCUUGUGAUGCUGGGUUAUUAAAGUGGAUUUUCCCUUCA